UCUCACAAGCGCACACACACACACACACAACUUUCAUAUGGCAAAACUGAAUGCCAAUUAUCCAAUUUUAGUGAUUUUCACUUUGUUGAUCGCCACAAAAAUCAGGGCCAGCGAUGAGCUACGGCUCGACAACAUCUGCCUCAACAAUAAAAAAAUGGUCAAAAUUCGUUUCUACGUCCAUGACGUGACAGGCGGUCCGAACGCGACCGUGCAGGAGGUCGCACACGCCGCGGUCUCCUCGGACUACCCAUCAUCGUUCGGGACGAUCCUUGUCCUAGACGACGUGAUCACCGCAGGACCAGGGCUCGACUCCAAGGAGUUGGGGAAGUUUCAAGGCAUCAUAACCUCCGCCGAUAUGAACGUGACAGCGAUGGCGAACAGCCUCAACGUCGUCUUCACAUCGGGGGAGUAUAAGGGGAGCACCCUCAGUAUUGCUGGCCGGAACCAGAUUCUGGACCGGGAGCGCCACAUAGCCGUGGUUGGGGGAACCGGUGUGUUCAGGUUCACACGUGGCUACGCCGUUGUCAGGACUUACUCAAGCCGGGUUGAGGAUUCGGUGCUCUAUUUUGUUGGAGAAUUAACCAUUUACACCACCUUUUGCCCUGUGUGAAAGAUAGAGGAUGAAAAGCAAGCUAUGCAUGAAAUGAAGAUGAGAAG